AUGCCAUCUAGCUUUUUCGCCUGCGUCAAACUGCGGGGGUUGCCGUUUGGGGUGCAAGAGGCUGAAGGCCUGGACACCAUUGACAUCCUGCUGGUGCGCAACAACGGCCGCGCCACGGGCGAGGCCUUUGUCGUGCUGGUGCACCCCGCGGAAAUGGAGGGCGCUAUGCGCAAGCACAAGGCCUACAUGGGCUCGCGCUACAUCGAGGUGCUGGAGGCGCGCAAGCCGGACUACUACAACGCGCGCCCCGCCCCGCCGCCCACCACCAUCGUGAAGCUGCGCGGCCUGCCCUUCUCCGCCUCCGUCGACGACAUCGCCGCCUUCUUCGCCGAUCCCACCAUCGGCCUGCUGGCACCCAACCCCGAAAAGGUCACUAUUGCUGUGGCGGCCGACGGCCGGCCCAAUGGGAUGGGCUUCGUCGAGUUUGAGAGCCCCGAGGCGGCGGCGGCGGCCCAGACCAAGCACCGCCAGAUGAUGGGCACGAGGUACGUGGAGAUCUUCGCUUCAUCUGCCGAGGAGCGGGCCCGGUAUGUACCUCUUUGA